CUUGUUGGCAAGGUCUUCGGGAUCCAAUUUGACAGAAUAUAGAAGGCAUGAAUGACAACAAUGUACCUUGGUUAGUACAAUUCUAGUUGAGGUGGUUUACAAUGCUAACUAGCUAGCUCCAUAUCUACCAGGUAAAGUAGAAUUACAUGACUAACGUUAGCUAGCGCUGGUUGCCAUAUUAAAAACGAAAAUAAUACACAAACGUUAGCUAGUAGUUAGCUUGUUAACGUUAGUUAAUUCACAAUGGCUUGUGUCGAUGUGAGUAUGCUUUAACGUUAGUUAUCUAUCUAACGUUAUGGCUGCAAUUAGUUAACGUUAGCUAGCUAACGCGUUAAAUACAAUACAUGAAUGGCAAUAUACUGCCACUGGUAAUUAUUUUGGCUAGUUAGUUAGCUAACAUAUGGAUUGCAAGCAACCGAGUUGAUUAUUUGUAAACUACCGAAACUAGCUAACUUUAGCCAAAACAAUCAACAUUUAAAGCAGAUGGUGUACUGAAACUAACGUAGUUAUGCUAACGUCGUUAGCCAUCUAGCUAGCCAAAUACACAAGAGACCGGUAUUAACUAAAGUUAGCCAUAUGAACUAUAGUAAAAGGCCUUACUUACGUGGGGUGCAUGGCGUUAGCUAUAUCGAACACAUGUUAAAAUAGAUAAUAGUUCAAUAUAAUAAAAACUCACCAUUUUCUCAGCGCGCACGAAGUUAGCAGAUAUUAUGUGGCUUCGCUGACGGGCUAACUAGCGCGCGCUACUAUACUUGCUAGCGGAGUGUCUAGUCGCAGAGUCCCGGGAAAAGUAAAGACCGGAGAAUGGGGACAGUCGGGAUUUUAGUUUUGAAAUAACCACUUACUCCUUUCCAUUAUUUGCCUAUCCCAGCGAGGCUCAAAUGUUACACAUCUGUUUGUUUAUUAACCUUGUUUUACUCGGUCGUUUCCCCCCCACUGCGGACAUAUGUUGCUAGUUUUACGUACUAUUUUAAUAUUCUGAAGAAUUUACGCCAAAUUUAUCCAUAAAUGCGUUCACAAGCUACACAUUUAGCGUAUGCGAUGACAGAGCAUGUUCAGAGUGUUUGCACGUUUUCAUAUCCGGAAUUACGUCACGACCACUUUCUCUGGAAUAGCUUCCGAAAAUAUAGCGGCAUUAUAUAUAUUUUCAAAAACUUGAAAGCAUAACAAACUACUAUGGAUAGUUUGUCAAAACUGUAAAGUUGAAGUGCACGUAGACCAUGUAACCAUUUAGACAUCUCACAUUAGUGUGGACGGCUUGCUAGCUUCUUUCUGGACAUAGCUACUGCUAGCUGCCUAGCUAGCUAUGUGCCAUGGUUGUUCUCAGAGAUGGCAUGUGUCCUGGAUUGAGUGAAGAAUUGGUUGUGGCUUUACGAGCAGCAGACAUUACAACAGUGGAAGAUCUGGUGUCAUCAGAUACAGAAGACCUUGCUCAAAAAUGUUCCGUGUCCUAUAAGGCCCUGCUGGCUAUACGCAGAGUGCUCCUUGCCCAGCACACAGCAUUCCCUGUAUCAGGUGCUGAUCUAUAUGAAGACCUGCUGAGUUCAACAUCCAUCCUCUCCACAGGCAAUCCUAGUCUAGAUAAGCUUCUAGACUCUGGCUUGUACACAGGAGAGCUCACAGAGUUGGCAGGAGGCCCUGGAAGUGGAAAAACCCAGGUGUGUUUUGGUGUUGCGGUGAAUAUAUCUUACCAACUGAAGCAGAGAGUCAUAUAUGUUGACUCAACAGGAGGACUGUCGGCAAGUCGCUUGCUUCAGAUGCUCCAAGCGAAGUCGUGCAAUAUAGAAGAACAGUUCUUACCCGUUGUUGUGCAGAUGAAGGCUCUUCAGAGAAUCCAGGUCUUUCCGGUGUUUGACAUUUUCUCGUUACUCGGCUGUCUACAUCAUUUUCGAUGCGUUGGACUUCAGCAGGCAUCUGCGGGUGGCGGCUCAGUCAAAGCUGUAAUUGUGGAUUCAGUGUCAGCAGUUAUUUCUCCCAUACUGGGGGGCAAACAAAAUGAAGGCAUGUCCAUGAUGAUGCAAGUGGCAGGGCUGUUGAAGACAAUCGCCAAAGACUUCAAUGUAGCCGUUCUGGUGACAAACACUGUGACCAGAGACGGCAAUGGGCAGCUGAAAGCCGGACUGGGCCAAACGUGGAGUCACGUACCUAGAAUUCGGAUUCUACUGCAACGGCUCGAGAGGCCGGGAUCUACUUGUUCUAGCGUACGCACUGCCACUUUGGCCAAGUCCUCAAGACAGCCUUGUCAUCUGAAAGAAGAGUUUGACUUGCAGUGCUGGGGCAGGUCUGAAGAACAGCUGUAUGGAAUAUCAGGAAAGAGGAAGCUGGAGAACACUGAGCCCAGCUAGGCCUCAACAUCCAUGGUGGUGCUCAUUAGGUAUCAAAUGGAAGAAAACUGACAAACGGAGAAAAGGAUAUUCAAACCAGUUUAUUUUAAACAUUAGCACAUCAAAAAGGUAUUGUGUGAAUUAAAGGAUAUUUCUGACAUCA